AUGAUCUUGGACGUAGCCAGGACAAAGCGAUUCUUCAGGCGACUGCGGCCUCGAGCCAAAGACCAGGACAAUACACCCAAAUGUCAGCCAAGAAAGGCCUUCCCUGCCGGACUCAAAUUUCUCUGCGGCCCGAAUGAUGGGACGAUUGAUAUCGUCUUUGUCCACGGGCUGACCGGUGAUCGUGAUGCAACGUGGACUGCUCCAGGUGCGGAGGAACCUUGGCCCAAAACUCUCCUCCCAUCGAAACUUCCGACAGCCCGCAUCUUCACAUUCGGAUAUGAUGCCUAUGUGGCAGACUGGCGAGGUGUCGUAUCGCGGUCUCUUAUCGCCAACCACGCAUAUAAUCUGCUCGCAUCUCUUUCCUCCUAUCGAGAGAACGACGCCACGUCUGUGAGGAUGUACGCUCUCGCCUGGUUUUGGGGAGGGAAUUGCACUAAUUGCGCGUCACAGGCCUUGUUCACGUCGAAACAACGACCAGAGCCGCAUCUCCACAACAUCAUUCAGUCCACCCGUGGGAUUAUAUUCCUCGGCACGCCACACCAUGGAGCUAGCCUGGCCAAAUGGGCCGACUUUGUAUGCCGAUCAAUUAGCCUUGUCAAGCAGACGAAUCCCGAGAUCGUCAAGGUUCUCAAGCGCGAUUCUGAGGUCCUUGCGCGGAUCCAAGACGGCUUUCACACCAUGGUGCGAAGUGUAGGGCCACCACCGAUCGAAGUGACUUGUUUCUAUGAAGAGGUGCCCGUAUUGGGAGUUGGUUUAGUCGUACCACAAGAUUCGGCCGUUCUGCCGGGUUAUGUCCCUAUUGGAAUCCAUAGUAAUCAUAUGGAUAUGACCAAGUUCGCCAGUGUCGAUGAUCCUGGUUUUGUGGCUAUUUGUGGGGAGCUGCGUCGGUGGAGCAAAGGCACGGGUGGUGCAACCAAAAGCUGCCCUGGCGAUUCAUCGCGUACUGCGCAGGCCGGACUUGCCCGCCAGUAUGGAGCCAAUAGUCAGCAAUACAAUCAGUUCGGCGGGGGCUCGCAGAAUAUUGUAGGCAGCCACCAGUAUCAGGCGCAAGGGGAUAUGAAUUUCGGCAUGGUGCCGUCUAAAUAG